AGUAUAAAUUGACAAAUAAUUAAAAAUUGUUAUUACUACUGUCAAAGUAUUCGACCAUGAAUCUAAAUUAUCAUAAAAAUGGAUUUGGUCAAAAACAACACUGUCCAUCAUUAUUAUUAUUAACAUCAUUAAUUCGAUCAAUAUGGCUGUUUAUUACAAUGAUUUCAAUCGUAUCCGGUAAACGUCGUUUGAAUAUAAAUACAUUUAAUAAUGCCGAUGAUAAUCAUGGUUCAUCAACAUUCGAUACGAAUAAAUCAACAAUUUUCAUUGCAAAUGAAAAUCAUCCUUAUAAAUCAGAUUUUCCAAUGUAUAAAGAUAAUUUUUUCUUUAAACGGCAAAUCAUUGUUUUGUUAAUACCGCCCAAUUAUGUUCAACCAGCUACAACUAUAUUGCCUGAACUCGAACCUGAUCCAGAACCAGAACCAGAGCCAGAGCCAGAACCAGAACCAGAACCAGGUGAAGAAGAACUACCUGGCGGUGGUGAUGAACAACCACCAUCUGAAGGUGGUGAACUAGAAAUACCACCAGAAGGACCGGAAACACUGCCCGAAGGUGAAAAUGGUGGUGAACAACAACCACCACAAAUAGGUGGAGAAAUGACACCAUCGUCAUUAAAUCCGGAUGGUAUUUAUUAUCCAAUUGGUCCACCAAAUGAACAACCAAUGGGACCGGGAAAUGGUGGUUUAUCAGAUGAAAAUAUAUCAUUAAGAAGUCAUGGUAAUCAAAAUUUUUUUACAACAAAUAACAAACAUUCAACAACCACAAGGAAUCGUUUUCAUCAUCAUCAUCAUCGAAAUCGUUAUGGUAGUAGUAGUAGUAGUAAAAUCGUUAAUCGUAAUCAUCAUACAAAUCAAAAUCGUAAUCGACAAACAAAUCGAUACCGAAAUCGUCAUACAAUCAUUCAUUAUAAUAAUAAUGGAAAGAAUCAAAAUUUUUAUCGAAAACCAUCGAAACAACGACAACGGCAACAACCACAACAGCAUCAUAAAUCGUAUAAAAAUCCAUUGGUACAAAAACGGCGACGAAAACCAGCUAUAACUACAAUUGAAAGUUUUGCAAGUUAAAAUGAGAAAAAAAAA